UCACAUGGACGCGCCUCUUUGAAAAACCAUCGUGUUGUUCCCAGGAACACUCCUGACCAUCGCACUGCCCGGAAAUCCCAGUCCCCGCAAGAAUUCCAUGAGCAUCUCCCUAUUACACGACACGCCGUCGCCCAUUCUCAGGCAGACCAUUUUAACUGUGGGAAAUCGCGUCAAGACCGAAAAGGCAUUUAGAGAAAAGGACGAGACACACGCGGACAGCGACGGUAGUGCGGGCGGCUGGAGCCGGUUGGCAUGACGCACAUUGAGAACCACCGUCGCUUUCCUCACCCUGGCUUUCACGACUGCCUCGAGCUCAUGUGACUCCUCUUCUAAUGACUGCCAGUGAAAAACUGGGACGGAAAAACCUCUCUGUGACGGUCGUCGACCGGUCAUAUUCAUGGACACGAACACGUCGAGAGGCCCGCCCUCGACAGCACAGUGCUUCAGCCCCGCCCACACCAGCGGCACAAGCACAUUUCGCGAAGUGAACGUAACCCGCACUGUGUGAAUGACAUGCGAGAGGCGAGGCAGCUGCCUAAUGACCUUGUCUAACCCUCCCCCAUACAGCGACACUCCCGCUGGCCCACUCUCGUUGUCCACUUGAAGCGCCGUGGCCGCAGGGAACAUCGAUGGUACGCUCUCGGUGACCCACUCCGGCAGCGGAUGGCGGGCGUCGCGCCUCGUCAUGCCCUCCGGAAACCUCACAAAGAGGUCAGCCGCUUGCUUGAAGGAGAGGCCAUAGAGCUCGUUCGCGCCAGUCGCAUGUUUGUCGAGGAGGUAGGGGGAGAGGCUGACGUACUUCGCGCUCGUCGUCAGGAACUGCAGGGUCUCUCGAGCUCCGGCGAGGUCCUCUGGCCUGCCGAUCAGCGGCAGGUGGAUGUUGGAGGGGGCGGGGCACUCGCGGGUUGCUCGCCUGACGAGACGGGGGCGUCCAUUGUCCACCGCUAGCGUGUGGUAGAGCUCCUUAGCGCCCUUCGCCAGCCAGGUGCUUCGGAAGUUAUGCAGUGCCUGCGAGAAUAAAACCCACAUUGAUCAAGAUACAUACCGGUGUUGCGUAGCCGUAUUGAGGCUUCUCACUUGUAUGUGAUUGGCUUUGCAGAGUGUCCCCGGAAUCACGACCUCCACGCACUCCAGACCGCUAAGUGAGAGAGCCUUUACGUAUUUGGCCAGAGAGAUGGCGCCAGUGAGCGACUUGAUGGAGCUGUGGGAAGGCGUUCCCGACAGCGAUUGGACGAUUUCGGUGAGCGGCGUGUACACCGGAUGUCCAUCAGCUGACACCUGGUAAGAAACCGACAUGCACCUUCCACCCAAGCACGGCCGAAUUAUCACCUGGCACCCACCUGGUUGAGCAGAUGCAGCGACCGCAGGCCGCCAGUCACGCCUUUGAGCAUCGUCAGCCCCCCGUGUGCAGGCCACUCGACGCUCAGAUGGGCCAGGGCGGGCAU